AUGUUCAAGUUCAAGGACUGGGCCGGCGGUGGCAGUGGCGGUGGAGGCAGAAGCCGGUCACAGCAGUCAGCGCAGGACUCAUCACCAGCAGGCGAAGCAUCAGACGGGAGCCAAGCGUCGUCGUUAUCCCGGGAUCAGCUGCUCCAGCGACUACACACACUCUCGGAGAAGAACGAACGCUUUGAGCUGAGAUUCAGAGAUGUUGUCGCCGCUUACAAGUCGCUGCUGAAGGAGAAGCAGGCGCUAGAACUGACGGUUAGCGCAUUGACGGGGAGUGGGGAGGCUGAGACGCCGCAACCAGCGCCUGCACAAGCAACAGCGUCAAGUGGUACAACAGCAUCUCCGUCAGGGGAUGAAGCAGAUGGCGAAGCAACCCAGGACAAGCCAACAGGCGCUGACAGCACACCUGAGGAUGCCGGCAAGAGUGCCGAAGAGAGCGAAGCCGGUGACAUUGCGGCCACGUCGGCAUCAGAGGAGCAGCCGCCUGACGCGGGUGCGUCUGCGAGUGCCCUCACCUCCCUCAAGCAGGCCAUCCAGACCUUGACGCAAGAGAAGGCCACCAUCAUGGAGCGGUUCCAACAGGACAAGCGAAUCAGCGCCGAGAACCACCGGCGCGAGCUCGAGCAACUGCACACAAAGUUUGAGAAUGCGUUGGCGCAAGAACAGGAGAAGACACAGGAACUGAACGACAAGUGCUCGCGACUUGAGAAGCAGGUUGAGUCGCUGACGCAGCAGCUGUCGAUUGCACAUCAGUCCAACGACGAGAAGGACGCGAAGAUCAAGGAUCUCAGAGAAGCACACGCGGCCGAGGUAGCGCGGCUGCGAGAGGAGCUGGUGCCUGUGGAUACGGACGUGCAGAAGCGACUGCUGGAUCUGAACGACAAAUUGCAGACGGCGCGAGAUGCCGAGAUUGAGGCCAUCACCAAACUCAACGACGAGGCGGCACGCAACAGGGAGCGGGAGCUUGCGCUUGAGCAGGAGUUGUCGCGACUGAAGGCGCGAGCGGCCUCGGCAGAGUACAGAGGAGAGAGCAAGGCCAUGCUCAAGCUCAAGGCUGAGUUGGUGGCGCAGCAGAAGGAAGUUGAGCGAUGGAAGGAGGCAGCAGAGGCCGCACAACAGGGCAAGGACCAAGCGCUGCUGGCCGCCCAACAACAGAUACAGGAGGCACAACAGCGGGCGGAGUUUACGGUGCAGCAGCAGCAGCACUCCAUGCAGCUAGACAGCAGGGAGAAGGACCUGCAGGAGAAGAGGAUUGUUGAACUGUCGAAUAUGAUUAGCAGAUACGAGCACUCCCGAUUGGAGGACCAGAAGAAAAUCGACGCUCUUCGCGAUGAAACGUCCGAUUACAAGGAUCAGGUCUUUGCCCUCAGAGAACGCGUCAAGGAAUUGCAGGAUGCACUGGACGAGGACGACAAAAUUGUCAUCGCCAAACUCCAGGACACGAUUUCGCGGCUCAAGUCGCGAUUGCAUCAUGCGCUGAGUGCCAAUCACGCCGACGGGGCGGAGGAGGAGCCCGAGGGUGACGGUGUGGUUCGCCAACCGUCCUGGCUCAGGGAGGACACUGAUGAUGAAGACGCCAUGACGCAGGCAGAUAGCGACAUUACUGCUGAUCUUCAGGCGAAUCUGGACGCAGCGCGACAGGAGGCGAUGGCGUACUACAAAAAGGCCAAGGUGCGCGAACAGCUGGAGUCUGAGAUUUCGCGGUUGAAAUCGGAGCACCGGAAAGCGGUGGAAGAAUUGCACGUGAAACAGCAGCGGACGCGACAGAGACAGAUGGCUCUGCUCGCUGACAAGGACGCCGAGAUUUCGCGUCUUCGCGGCAGUUCAUCGGGAGUGGCAACGCUGACGGUUCAAUCACCGUCGUCAUCGUCAACACCGCCAUCGCCAUCAAAGACGACGGGGGAUGCGCAGCGGCCGGCACCACGCGACGUGUUGCGGACGGGGGAUCCUCUUCUCCACAUCAACAACCUCGAGGCCGAUCACAUGAAUCAGCGGGAGGUUGCGCGUCAACGAGAACGUGAACUGACGGGAAAAUGCAUCCAACUCGAAGAGGCAAACGCAUCUCUGCAGACAAAGCUCAAUCUCUUGCAGGAGGAGGUGCGUCGCUUCGAGCGGAAUUCAAGACGGGAGGGCGCGAAUUUGGAAUACCUCAAGAACAUCGUCUACAAGUACAUGAUCACAGACAUGGGUCGUGACAGGAUGGCCAAAGCGAUUGCUGCUGUGUUGCAGUUCAGUCCAGAGGAGGAGAGACGGGUGAUGGCCGCGUGCAGUUCAACACAGCAGUCGUCGUGGCUGUGGUAG